AAAGCGAUACCACAACAGUUAUUUUUUUUAACACGAACCAGCUUGGUUGUAGCGUGCUGGCUGGAUUUUCCGCUGAAUCAGAAAUAAAAACUAUUCAAGGCAUAUAACAUACCGAUAUUGGAAUUUUUUCAUUGGGCAAGUCGACUGCGAGCUGCACCAGGAUUCUCUAUAUCGAGUAGAAAUGGAUUAUCUGAAAUCAAAAUGGGCGAUAUGGUUCAAAUCCUUAGACGCCAACCAUGACAAUAAACUUACCACCGAAGACAUGGAGAUUUCGGCCAAAAAGUUCGAAGAAAUCCAGAAAAUGCUCGGCGACAAAGUGAAAGACAAUGGCGGAUUUGACAACACAAAAUGGUGGAAUACGUACAUCUUUCGCAAAGGUCCCGGUGUAACUUUAACACUCGAAGAAUUCCAGGACGCCCUAGGAGAAUCAUUUCAAAAAGACAAAGGGGCAUUCUAUCAAGAAAUGGUGAGGUGUUUUGACGACAUCGCCUCCUUUGUAGCAGAAAACAAAGAUCGGCCUAUCGAAGAGCAGGAAUUCGCCUUCGGGUUUAAAGUUUUUGGUCAAGAGGAUUCGGUCCAAGUCGGCAAGGCUUUCCAGCUGUUCAAGGCUAAAAAGGGUCAACCAACUGUACAACAUAUAGUGGACGCCUGGGCCCAAUUCAUUGCAGAAGACGACGCAAGCAAACAUGACAUGGUUAACGAGGCCUUUGGAAACUAGACGGUUAUUGUCAUUUUACUGCAGACUGUGUAGUUAUGUCUGUGACUGAGACUCCGCCUGUAGCCCUAUCUUCAGUGUCAUGUAAUUAUUAUUCGAGGUUGUAACUACAGUAAAAAAUUUUUAUUCAGUGUUGUAUCUAAUGUGUCCAAAUAUAUUUUUGUUAAAUUUAUUAUUGUAAUUUUUAUACUUCGUUUAUAUUUGUAAUUAAAUUAAAUCAUGUAUGAAAAAUA